CAUCCAGAUACCCUAAACCACUGGUACCCCUUGAGAAGCCAGCGAAGGAGGUAGUAUCACCAGAGACGACCAGUACUUUUGAGAAGCUGGAGGUCGCACCACCAUCUCCAGGACAACUGAAACAUGUGUUCUUCCACAAUGCAUUACCUUUUGUAGGGUUUGGAUUUUUGGAUAACGCAAUUAUGAUUGCUGCGGGAACCCAAAUAGAAUUGUCUAUUGGAGUUGUCCUAGGAAUUUCAACUAUGGCAGCUGCUGCUUUGGGAAACCUUGUUUCAGAUUUAGCUGGACUGGGUCUUGCAGGUUAUGUGGAAGCUUUAGCUUCACGACUGGGUCUGUCAAUCCCGGAUCUGACACCCAAGCAAGCCGACAUGUGGCAAACGCGGCUCAGUGCACACUUGGGUAAAGCUAUUGGAGUGACCAUUGGCUGCAUUUUAGGAAUGUUUCCAUUGUUGUUCUUUGGUGAUGAGGAAGAAAAACUGGAAGAAAAAAAUUAACCUUUUUACAAGACAUAUACAAAUGUAAACUACUGUACCUCAAUUAUUCAACUACGCUGUCAAUAUUUAGGAAUUAACAGUCAGUAAAAAAUGUAUAGACUUGGGAACAAAUCCUUCAGCAUGUCGUUUUAUGGAAACACUAAUUUAUUGUGGCUUUGUUGUGUUCAGUACUUCUUUUUAUAAGAUACCAUCUAACUUUAUUUAAUUGUAAAUUUUUGAAGUGUUUUCACUUACAGCAACUGAUGUUUACCACUUUCUCCUUUGACCUUAUUCUUUAAUGGAUUAUUACUUUAAUAAUCCACCAUGGAUGACAGUAUCAAUCCUGAGUUGCACAUUGGUUGCAUUGGUUGUAAUUGCAUGACAAGAAAUUUCAAUGCUGUUCAUCAGGUCCUUCAAUGCAGAUUAUUCAGG